AUGGCGAUGAUGCUGCAGCUAAUCUUCGUUCUCUCCACUCUGAUCUCAGUCACAGUGUCCAUUGAUGUGUUCGGGCAUUUUGGAAUUUCUGUUGAACUGGACAUACAGCAUCCUGUACCAGAGUUUCAUGACUUAUUCUGGGUGUUUAACAGAGCUUAUAAUGUUCUUAAAUAUAGUAAGAAACAUAAAGAGAGUACAUUCUAUUCCCAUUACAAAGGCAGAGUGGAGUUCAAUGUGGAAACCUACAGGCUGACACUGAAGAACUUACAGAAGACUGAUAGUGGACUGUAUGAAGCAAAAGCGUCUGGCAAUAAAGUCAGAGUUGUUGCUGAGUACAGACUCUCUGUGUUGGAUCCAGUGGAGGCUCCAGUCCUGACUCACCAGCUAACCAAUGACACCUGCAACAUCACUCUCACCUGUAGAGGUCAUGACCUCUCUAUCAACUUCAUCCACUACAAGGAAACCUUUGAGGAGAAGGAAGUGACAUCACCUGGAGGUGUCACCCUUUCCCUGUCUGUCAAUGGAAGCACCAUCAUCUGUAACCAUAGCAACACAGUCAGCUGGAAGACGGAUGUUAUGGAGAUGAGAGAACUUAAACGACUCUGUGCUGAUGAAGGUUCAGUGUCUCCCUUUGCUGGUGUAUCUGUGUGUUUGCUGAAGACUGUGCUGUAUUCCAUCACUCUGACCCUCAUGCUGUCUGCAGUCAUCACUGUCCACAUUAGAGAAAGACUGACCAAAUCAUCUUAGACAUGGAUGGAGUUACAGUUUAUUAAAGCUGUUAUAGUUACAUAGUACUCUACUCACACUGUAAUGUCUGAUUAUAAUCUAGUCAGUCUACUGUACAGCUGUUUAACAGGCUCUCAUCACUUACUGCUUUUUGAAAUCAGUGUUGUAGCUUCUCAAAAAUCAGUUCAUUGAGUGUACUAGAAUAUUAUUUGUUGUUUUCGUGUUUUAUUAUAUGUACUUAAAUGCAUUUGUAAUUACUGUUUAUGCAUAUGUUCACAAAUAUCGAUAAAGAUAAACCUGCUCUUUUCAUGAAGCCUGUUUAAUCAUUGAUGCCCCAUAACUCCAAAAUUGUAACUUUACAUGAGAAAUAAAAACCUACUUUACUUUUAAUGGAA